CUGUCAUGUAAUCAGCUGUAUCCAAUCACAGCUGAUCACUCAGACCGAACAUCUGCACUGAUGAUCAGUGUAGCUCCAUCAGUGUCACCGGUCAGUGCCCAUCAAUGCCACAUACCAGUGCCCAUCAGUGCACAUCAAUGCCACAUAUCAGUGCCUACCAGUGCCCAUCAAUGCCACAUAUCAGUGCCCAUCAGAACUGCCUGUCAGUGCCACCUAUCAGUGCCAGUCAGUGUCGCCUAUCAGUGCUGCCAAUCAGUGCCAUCUAUCAGUGUCAGUCAGUGCCAACUAUCA